AUGGCACCUCCCAAGAGCAAGAAAAAGCAGACGCGACUGGCUUUUGCAUCGGCAGCCUUGCCUUCACAAGAAGGAGACUCGGAGCAAAAUAGCCGCUACUCGACCUUGACAUUCAAAAAUUCCAAAACUGGGAUCAUAAGCUCGAAAAAGCCCGUGAGGCCCGCUUCGCAAGAUGCGCCACAGAAGAAACAAACAAAAUCUUCCCAGACCGCGCAACGUGCUCCCCUCUCCACUCAGCCCAGCAACCCCGACCAACCCUCCGAUGAAUCAACCGCCUCCGCCUCCCGCAAAAGAAAGCAACAUGCGCCAGUUGCCAAACCUGAAUCGAGGAUUACCGAGCCACAAAGUUCUGCCGUCCUGAAGACUACGACAAACCCCCGCUCGAAAAAAUCACAGCGGGGGUUGCAGUUCUCGAAGAAAGGCACUGCAGACGCAGAUGGCCUCGAGCAGUCUCAGCCCCGCCGGGUGCCCAAGCGGAAGGCAAGGAGCUCACCAACCGACUCAAGCGACUCCGAUGACCCCCCGGUACCAUGUUCCACCAAGAGACCUAGAACCGCCCAGCGAGGAGGGUCCUCAGGCUCACCUCUAGUGGUGAGCGAGGACGAGGACGAGGACGAGGACGAUGACAAUGAAGUUGUGGCACCUUCCACCGCGAGAAAGCGCAGAGCAAGAUCGGCCAUCACUCUCAGUCAAAAUGACGAUUCCGACGGUCCAGUGGCAUCUUCCCCCAUGAAGAGGCUUAGACGUGGACAUGAUACGGAAAACGCCCAGGCUCCGGAAACCCCUCGUCGUGCUUCAAAGCAGGACAAGCUUGAUAUAGAGGAGGAUCUAGAAGAUCUUCAGGAUUCAGUCGUGAAAAAGACUCGCACCCGUGGUCGAAAUGUUGAAUCCGCACGCGACAAAAGAUUAAAGCAACUGGAGGUCCUGCGUCGCAGGCGCGCGGGAUUGAAAGAGGAAACCGAGCAGGAAGAAUCAUCCGGCACAGAGGUGGAAGCGAAUGAAAACGCUGGUACUCACCACAGCCCAUCUGGUGAGGGUCUUUGGAAGCAUCACGACGAGGACAGUGACGUGGAAUCGACCAUUGACCCCAACGAAGAUCUCGAUCGAUAUGAAGACGACUUCGUUACGGAAGAUGGAAAAGAUGAUCUGGGCGUUCCUACCGAGGAAAUUCCAUUUGAAUUCACUCGCCACGCAUACAAGCAGCCGAAGGAAUACUUCCGAGAUGUCAUCGGCUGGAUGGUUCAGAACAGACUCAAUCCCGCGUUCCCUCGUUCCGACGCCAUGUACGAGAUGGCAUUCAUGAAGCUCGAGGACGAAGUCAAGGGUCGAGCUGGAUCUCAGCUCAUUUCAUCCGUGUGGACACCGGCUUUCGUCUAUGCACUCCAAGCCAGACCACAUAUCGAUGUUUGUGCUUAUCCGACGGAGGAUAACCAUUCCUGUGAUGCGUGCAGAAGAUCUGGUCACCCUGCUUCUGCUGACAUGAAGCUCUACGGAAAAGCAUACUCGCUUAAAACUCUUGAGCCCCUAAAUGACGAUGAUGACAGCGACAGUGACAGCAACUGCCAGUCUGCCAAAAGUCAGGAUGAUGGAAUAGACCGUGAUCGCAAUGGCCAUGUUCUUCCCAAUGAAACUACUCAUUUCUACCUGGGAAAGCAAUGUAGAUUGAGAGCUCAACUAGCUCAUACACUUACGCACUGGCGCUAUCACCUAAACGAGUGGGUCGUUGACCACCUCGAGCGCAUGGGUCUCAUGGUGGACGAAGAGGUCAUCAGACGCAACAACCUCAGCGUUAAACGAAAGACCCGGAACGCAAAUCAUGUUCUGGAUACGAUGGUCACGACUGGCGAAGUCGACAAGCUCUGGCGUGAUUUCCAUCUUAAUCUCAAGUCUGCUCGCGAAAAGGAGCUUCGCAGAGCUUUAUUCUCCACUCAAAAGCCUCAACUGACCAGCAUGCAUGGCUGCGUCACAGCAGAAUCCCACCUAUUCAGAGGCCUGCUUCUCACCAAAAAGGAGUUCAUUUCCCCAUUCCCCUAA